AUGGCAAACAUAAAGCCAGAAGACUCGGAGAACUCUAUCUGGCAAGGCUACAGUCUCCAACCACCUCAUCCGAGCUCAACUCAUCCUCCGCCAUUUGAAUCCAGCUUCGUUGCUCCACCGCUCUCUAUUCCAUAUCAUGGCCGAUCGCAAAAAGGAAGCUACCGGUCGAUGGAUAUUCCCUCGAUACAUACCCGACCGCCGCCACAAGAUAGAAAUGGAGUUUUAACAGCGUCACCUCCGGGUCUUAACAGUCACCACAGCUUUCCCUCGUUGAAAAGAGCUUUUCAUGCUGGUGAUGGCAUCUCUUACGGUGAAAAUGUCCAGGACUUUCGAGAAGACAUACAGACCGACAAUAAACCAACAAUCAGUCAGGAUCAUCGGCUUCUCUGCUUCGCUCGACUACCAGAAAAACGCACAAUACUAGAUGGCCAAGGUCGUGUUCAACACAUCGAACUAGCAGCACAGAUUCAUGGAAUGUUCUUCCUGUCGGAACAUACAACAACAUCAAACGAACCUCACCUCGUACAGCCGGAACUGACUUGUUAUCGGCGUAAUCUCUUUCAGAUAUCUGGUAAUGCUACUACGCCGCGGGGUCCUCUUUCGUUGAUAACCGAGCGGGGUGAAAGAAUCCCGAUCGUGUCUUUGGAAGUGACAAUUUCCGCUACGGAGUCGGUGGACGGCAACGUUGUAAAAUUGAUUGUCAUUCCAUGGAAAACUCCUCCACCCAAUUCUCCAGAAGUCGGACCUGGACAAGAAAGCGAACCAACGCCAUUGCCUUUAGAACCUCUUGAAGAUGGAAGAGACGCAACUAGCGAGUUCACUGUCUACCCGAUAGCCUAUCGACGAUUACAAUUCAGGAUUGCUACCGCCAACAAUGGCCGGCGGAGAGAACUUCAGCAACAUUUUACUCUUCACUUAAAUGUUGUUGGCACGCUAGCCAAUGGAACGAAAGCUAAUGUUUGCGAGACAUCGACCGCACCGAUUGUCGUGCGAGGACGAAGUCCAAGAAAUUUCCAAGCACGAAAGGAAAUUGCUCUUGUUGGAUCGUCUUCUUCGCGGGGUCAACCUCCAGAGCUACAUGUCAGUACCGGAAACAUGCCGAUUGCUUUGCCUGGGGACAUGAAAUCUGCGAAGUCUCUCAAACCGAACACUCUGGAACUUCCUAGAUCUCCGUUCACCUUUGAUUCAUCGACUAUUCCGGGAUCUCCAUCCAUCGUUCGGCAGUCAACGUAUCCGAGUUGGAAUUCGCAGCAUACAGCGGAUCAUAGCGCAUCACCAAACACUCCAAGUUACCAAGCCCCAGGAGUAAGUCUGGAGAACUAUCUACACGUCAAUCACUCCACGCCAGAUGUCUCACACGCGAUUUCCCAUUCGCCGACGACGACAAUGGGGAGCUCCCACGUUCCAAUGCGUCAACAAUAUGCGUAUCAUCCAGCUUCAGCACCUCCCAUUGGAGGACCUCCUAUUCGCUUUAUUGAUAGCAACCCUCGUCCUGCGAAAUCACCACGUCAUGUUGCACCCCCAGAGUUGCCAACGAGCACUUACCACUCCGAUUACAGCGCGUCAACUCGGUUUGCACCUCCAUACAGUGCCCCGUCGGAACCAAUGCCACCGCGAAGUGCAGAUUAUUUUCCACCCCCGGCGCCAGUAACAGCUUGGACUACAGCGCCGGAAUCUGGAAGUACCUAUGGAACUUCAGCUCAACCAGCCUCGAGUGUACAACAUUACGAUUUUCCAAACGAGCAUCAGUAUCCGAAGGAAGAGGGAAGCAGUAGUCAGCAGCAUUACACGUGGAAUCAUAACUAG